AUGAGUUUCAAAGGAUUCCAGAAGAGCCUGACUCGGGCACCUCAGCAAUUUAAAACCAAGUUCAACAUCGGCGAACAGACCAAAGAUGCCGUCUACAUAGAUGCCGAGCGUCGAUUCCAGGAGCUCGAGAAGGAGACGAAGAAGCUGCACGAUGAGUCCAAGAAGUACUUCGAAGCCAUCAAUGGCAUGCUCAAUCACCAGAUCGAGUUCAGUCAGGCCAUGACCGAAAUCUACAAACCCAUAUCAGGGCGCGUGUCCGACCCAGAUUCUAUCAAGCCUGAGGGCAACCCAGAGGGUAUCGAGGCGUGCGAGGAGUACGAGGCCGUGGUCAAGGAGCUCCAAGAAACGAUGGCGCCAGAGUUGGAAAUGAUUGAUACUAGGGUUAUUCGACCAGCCAACGAACUGAUGGACGUGAUCAAGGUUAUUCGCAAGACCGCCUUGAAGCGAGAACACAAGAAACUCGACUACGAUCGCCACCGGGCAACCCUCAAGAAGCUUCAGGAUAAAAAGGAGCGCAGCGCCAAGGACGAGAAGGCCAUGUGGAAAGCCGAAGGCGAUGUCGAGCAGGCGACCCAAGAUUUCGAUUAUUUCAAUAAUCUGCUCAAGGACGAGCUACCGAAGCUCUUCCACCUCGAACAAGAAUUCAUCCAGCCCCUCUUCCAGUCUUUUUACUAUAUGCAGCUCAACAUCUUCUAUACUCUGCAUGAGCGGAUGCAACGGUGCGACAUUGGCUACUUCAACCUCACGCUUGAUAUCGAGGAUGCCUUCCACGAAAAGCGAGGGGACGUUCAGGAGAGGACGGAGCAGCUAUCCAUUGUGCGGUAUAAGACGACAGGCCAGCGACGACCACCAAAGUAUCAGAAUCGCCUCGAGGCCGGGAAACCCCAGGGUCUGCUGACCCAGGGUCCCGGGGCCUCGGAGAAAGAGAAAAUGGGAGGCCAUUCACCCAACCUGUCCGAUGCCGAACCAAGCCCGCCUCCCCCGUAUACGACCGGCGGAUCCAGCCUGUCGACAAUCGCCGCGGCCAAGGCGAAGCCGCCUCCACCAAAACCAAAGCCAAGCAGACUGGUUGCGGCAGCGCCUGCCGCAGAAACGGCGACGGCUCUCUACGAUUACGCCGCCCAAGCCGACGGCGACUUGAGCUUCCAGACUGGGGAUGUAAUUGAGAUUAUUCAACGGACACAGAACGAAAACGAAUGGUGGAGUGGAAAGCUGAAAGGGAAGCAGGGGCAAUUCCCAGGAAACUAUGUUCGACUAAACAGCUGA